UGUGGCUCAGGCGUCAAGCAUGAUCGCCACUCAACGCUCCGCUUUUCGCGAUGGCUUCACUCGUCCACCAGGCUUGUAGACACGACCCAAGGGCUCGACGAAGUCUGCCGCCGGUGUUGUCGCGCUCUUGGCCGUUCAAGGCUGCCGCGACCAGCUGCGCCUUUGGAGACAUCGUGCUGUGCCCAGGCUCGAGCGGUGCCACCUGCGGAGGCGACCAGUGCGGUUCGGAGGGCGGCACUGGAGCUGCCGGCUCGUUCCCGUGCCCGUCCGCGAGCCUGGGCUUCUCCGGAUGCGCCGUGGACACAGCGGUCAGCGAGUGCUGCGGAACUUGCCUGCCCGUUCCGACGUCCCCCGCGACGCCUGGCCCGACUUCCAUCCCGAACCCCACCCCGACCCCUGUCCCGACGCCCGUCCCGCCGGCAUGGACGGAGUACGAUUUCGAGAACAGUCUCCUGGAUGUCGCAGGCAGCGGGGUCGCGAUCUUGCGUCUGGGAGCUCGUGGGUCUCGUUCUACAUCUUGGUUGUGAUGUCGUCCUUGCGCUUACCUCGACAAGUUACACGACCGACAACAGCGUACUAUUGCCGGUCUCCCCCGACAACACCUCGAGCUCCGAGCACCACUUUUUGGACGACGGCACUGGUCGCGGGCAAGUUGUAGUGGACCCAGGCGACGCGUACAACACCGCGUGGCACGGUGUCUCGCUAUCAAGGCCAGAUCGACGCGAUGCCUCGCCCACUGACAACGAUAACGAUAACGAUACCGUGCGCAAUCAGAAUGAUCACAACGCUCACAACUAGAACGGCGAUACCAAUACCGAUGUGUCCGUCUCGUUCCCGUUAUCGAUAUCGUUAUCAUUUACCCUUCAAUUCGGUGGAACACAUCAUACCAAGGUGGUGGGGCCGCAAAUACCCAGCUGUCUGCGGCAAGUGUUUCCAUGGUGCCAGCUCAGUGCGCUCGGUGGCAACUGCUCGAGGAGUGAAAGCAUGCCGUAACACGUGAAUCGAGCGGCGCUUGGAGUGACGGUUUGAAAGCCGUCACAUGUCACACUUCGCCGUCACGAGUUUGUCUGGGGUCAUCCGAGGUCGUCUUUGGGCGGGGGGGGAGGACGGCGUAACGGCGCCGCCCAUACAUCCGCCUCCAGUGUCUUGCCAGCCUAGGGGGGGUUGUCUGCCCACCGCACCAGCCCUGAGAGGCCCCUUGAAGCGGGGCUACUCGACGGGUGCACUCCCUGAGGAGUGUCGUGGGCACUGUAGACCUUAUAGUCUUUGGGCCGUGGCGGUACUUCGGCCUGAGGCUGGCGGUCUACCGGGCGUGGUGCGGGCGGCCGUGUCUGGCGGGUGCAUCUCUGGGCACUUUCGCAGCGGGCGGCAGUGUAUUUUGUUGGCUAUGGUGGCCUGCCGCCCUUUUGCUGCGAGGUCCGAAUGCAUGUGAAUUCAUGUUGGCAGCCAGUCCAGGUGUUUGUGCUGGACCAAAAAAACGAA